CCAAUUCUAUAAUUGCACCAUGCUGGUUGCUUUUGAAAGUUGGGUCAUAGGGACUUGCUGUGAUCAAGAACAGAGAUGCUCUUUGGAAAAAAUUUGCAAAGAUUUGUCAUAACUCAAGGAAAAUUGCAGACAUGAGAUCAUCCCAAAGACCAAGUUGGGUUGCUGAAAGGCAUUGGUUUGUCACCACAUCUGUGCUCUUCAUCUUGCUUUUCUUGGAUAAAGUUCUUCUGGCUGCCCCAUUGAUACAAAAAAAUGAGGGUAGAAUAUCAUCAAUAAAAAAUGUGUCUGGACCAAAGGAUGCUUUAAACAUCUCCCUACUAUACCAGUCUUCAGACACCGGAGUUGAUCAGAAAUAUACAAUAGCAUCGAAACCCACAAUCAAUGCCUCUUCAGGCAAUAUUGCAGUCUUACAAAAUUAUUCCAAGCCUACCAUCAGGAGUGAGGUUUUUGGAUCUCAGCAUGAAUUCAAAGAUCCUACGAAAAUUUCUGGUGUAACUAAUGUCAGUGUUGGUACUGAUAACUCCAGUAAGCCGUCUGUCAUCUCUCACACUCCAGCUCCAGGUGGCAAUGAGACAGAUUCUAUAGACAUAUACGAUGAUUUGCCAUCAAGGAGUUUCAAUUCUGGAGCGGUGUGGCGGGGGUUCAUCGUGUUCAUGGGGUGCAGCGCGCUGGUGCUGCUCUACCUUGCCAUCAAAACGGCCUGCAGCAGACGUCGCGACCGUCAGCGCCGCUACACCAAAGUGGAGCGCGGCGACGAGUUAGACGUCCUCGCCUUCGCCGACGAGGACGAGGAGAUAUUCUCUGCUAACGGACAUAGAUGAUUUCAUGCGCAGUUGAUAAUUCUCUGCCAACAGACAAGGAUGUUUAAAUUCUCUGCCAACAGGCAUGGAUGAUUGAAAUUCAGUGCCAACAGACAUUGAUGAUUUUAAUUCUCUGCUAAGAGACAUUGAUGAUUAAAAUUCUCUGUCAAUAGACAUGGAUAGUUUAAUGCGUAGUUAACGAUUCUCUGCCAAGCAACAUGGAUGAUUAAAAUUCUCUGCCAACAGACAUAGACGAGUUCAAGCGUAGUGCAUUCUUUUUUUUAAAAACCUUCUUCAUUCCUAGUUGCUGGUUAUGGUUUAGAGACAAAGGUCUGAUAAAAGUUAUAGAUUUGCUCUCAAUUUAUCUACUUAAAAAUAGUUUUGCUUAAAACGUAGAAAAACCAAAGAAAGAAGUAUUUAUACGGAGAGUAUUUAUCCAAUCUCAUAAAUUUGUAUUAGUUCUUGGUGCCUUUCAGCACAUAUCAAAAGAUAAUUAUCCCAAAAUAAUUGUUCAGCCCAAAAAGUUUUCAAUAUUCUCAGUAUAACCACUCAUAAUUAGGGCAUAAUAAGACAAUCAAAAUGUGCACUUCAUGACAGAAAAUAAAGUGCGAAAUUAUUUUUCUGUCUCUAAUUUUGUUGUGUCACUAAACAUGUGGAUAGUAAUCGUACUCUUUUUAUUUGCUGUUGACUUCUUUGUCUCCAUCUCCUCAUAUUUAUCACGCAUAUUAUCUAUCGUUCCACUUAUGCUUGCAAGCGCUGUAGUGCAUACAGAGUCAAAUUUAAGGAAAGUUUGUUAGUACGUUUAAUUAAUACGCUUUGCUGGGAAGCUGUUGAAGGUUGAGUAGGAAUUGCAGUGAUGCAAAUCCCUAGAAAAAAAAUUGAGUGCUUCAAAAAUAAGAUAUCAUAGCUGGUGUAUGUUCCUUUUGUGAGUCUAGUCCCUGAAUAUGUGAACUAAUUAUAGUUAAGAGUUGUACCUAUCGCCUGGGCAAAGAUGACUAUAAUUACCAUAAACAAGUCUUGACUCUAGGUAUAUUUUACUUUCGUUUUCCUGAUUUAAUUCGGAUUUUUAUUCACCAUUGAGAAUGUGCUUAUAUUUGGUGUUGUUUGCUGUAGAUUCGUUGAAGGUGAUGAAAUGUUACCGCAUGAAACUGACUCAUUUUCAACUCUCUUUAUGUUAACAAAUGUUGAUUCCCUAUACAUUUAGAGCAUUAAGUAUAGAAAACCAACAGUAAAGCUUAUAUUUUCAUUCAUCUAUAAUGUUAGCUCAAUAAUGUGAAAACAUUUUCGUAAGAAACUGGGUUCAUUUGCUGCAUACAUGCAUUCGAUUGCUGCUGACUUGUGUUUUUCAAGUAUGAAAUAUUAUUUUUUUUUUCUACCUGGGCUAUACUUUACGAAGAAGUGAAGUAGAACUGCAAACUUGAACUAGAUUCUUGUUGGCUGUUAAUUUAAUGCUAUUCUCUGUUACUGUAUGUCUAUCGAUGAUGUAAGCUGAUGGUUGCAUUACAGUACAAGCCAUCACAACGAUAAAAUCAUUCUCGAUCAGAGACCUACCGCAGCCUCGAGCUCGUACUUCUAUUAAUGUAAUGUCUUGUUAAGCGCUUGAAAUUAAUUCCAAAGUUCCUUCAAUGGGAGUAAGAAUCUUUACAAGAAACCAUAGCUGUAUUAAUGCUUGAAUGAUUCAAAUUGAACACGAUUUGUCUUGCUUUCCGCUAUCCGGCUGAGCUCAACUGCGGAAUAUUUGUCUACUAGUUUAUACCUGCGAUGUUAUCAGAGAUUUUUUGCAUUAUUUCAAACCGUUGUCAGCAAAUAAAUUUGUCCUGAUAGUGAUUAUUUAAUAUAAAAAAGAUAUGAUGGGAAACUAGCAUAGAUUUCCCGAGACGGUAUUCGAAUCUUGUGUAACAAGUUUCAAAGUUUUUGUUCGAAGUCUAAUAUUUUCUUUUUGUGCCUCAUUUUUUCGAAUGUUUACUUGUUUCUGGAGAUUUUGCGAUUCAACUUCUUUGCUGCAUAUGCGUGAACAGCAAUAAAUUCACCUAAAAUAAUUCUUAUUUUUGGAGAUGCAAAUUUUCGUAUGCAGAAAAUAUCUAAUUUGUUGAGAAUAACACGGUAUCCCCCAACAGUGACUAACUCAAAAUUUAUAAAAUAAUUGAAUCCCGUCAAAUCAUUCGUUGUUCGGAACAUAGCAUAGAAACUUGAAAGGCUAUCAGUUUUAGUAAAUUAUAUCUCUUC